UAGGUACCAAAGUGCUACCUCGUCACCGAAGUAUAUACACGUGUGACAACGGGUGGCCAUCAUGGCGGGGCUCGCCACACAUCCACUAGUACUAAAAUUGUAUAUAUGAGCCCCCUCUGACCUCUCCCAUCCAGAGUCCCAUCCCACCUCGUUCAACUUCCCUUAGUUCCCUACACCACGCCGCACGGCCACCACCUCCCCACGCAUCACAAAUUCAACUGCAGCCUGUAAAACGCACCUUCCAUACCUUUGACCUCAACCCUCCCUUUCAUCUGCACGACUCACUGCUAGUUCAACAUGGACUCAUCCAAGCUCUAUGAUCAAGUCCGGGAGCACUACAGCUCGGCAUCCCGCGGGACCAGCGUCAAGUACGGCGAGGCCGUGGCCAAAUCCUUCGGCUACAGCGCCGACGAGCUUGCCAACAUCCCCGAGGAUGCCAACCUUGGCCUAAGCUGCGGCAACCCUCUGGCUAUCACUAGUCUGAAUGAGGGUGAAACAGUCAUCGACCUGGGCAGCGGCGCGGGCUUCGACAUCUUCCUGGCCGCGGGCAAAGUCGGACCUUCGGGCCGUGCCAUCGGCAUUGACAUGAACGAAGACAUGCUCGCCCGCGCGAACCGCAUCAAGGCCACCCAGACCCAGACCGCCCCCACCGACCACAUCACCUUCCUCAAGGCCAACAUCACCGCCGUCCCCCUCGCCUCCGGCACGGCCGACUGCGUCAUCUCCAACUGCGUCAUCAACCUGGUCCCGCACGCCGACAAGCCCGCCGUCUUUGCCGAGAUGCACCGCCUCCUGAAGCCGGGCGGCCGCGUCGCCGUGUCCGACAUCCUGGCCAAGAAGGCGCUGCCGGAGAAGCUGCUGGCGGACAUCGCCAUGUACGUGGGCUGCAUUUCCGGCGCCAGCGAGCUGGGCGAGUAUGAGGCCUGGUUGAAGGAGGUGGGGUUCAACGAGGUGAUGAUUGUUGAUACUGGCGCCGAUAUCAACGUCUACUUGGAGACGGGGGAGGAUGGCGAGAGGAAGGAUAGCUGCUGUGCCCCCAGGGUGUUGUGGCGCCGAAGCCGCCCCUCCUGCUGCUGGUGAAAGCUGUGCUCCGGCAGGUGCGGCUCUCGAGAAGACCGACCUGAAUGAGUUCGUCGGUAAGUAAGGUGGUUCAGAGGGUCAACCGUCGACUCUCGUGAGUCGUUGACCGAUUCGGCUAACCCCUGAUUUCUACAGGCUCGUACAAAAUCUUCGCUCUCAAGAACUGAAAACACUGACCGAAGUGGAGAAUUGCUGAAUGUCAGGUAUUUCGCCUUAUCAGUCCCACUGGCAGCGCUUGACGAGGAUGAUCCAUUGGUUUAUAGCAGACCAACGGAGUCGGUAUUCCGGAACCGCAGUAGCACUAUACAAGCAAUUCCAUUGUUCAUAUU